AUGGAAAAGGUCACAGCUGCCACUGUUUACUACAUUGUUGCUUGGCCUAAUAUUAUGGCUAAAAGGAACCUUGGAUUUGGUGCAAAAGACAGAAUAUCAAUGCUGCAGCAGUUACACAAGAACAACCCAUGUGUUAGAAAGAGCGAUGGAUUGUUACUUCUUAAAAAGAGGGAUGUAGAGAAAAGUUUUCAAGGAGCCAAUCUAACCCUCUUGGCACCCCAAUUCCAUUUCGGAAACAUAGCGGUUUUCCACGAUCCCAUCACCCUUGACAACAAUCUGCACUCCAAGCCUGUUGGCAUGGCACAAGGGAUCUACAUAUAUGACACAAAGAACACAUUCACUGCUUGGCUUGGCUUCUCAUUUUCUCUGAACAGCACAGACUACCAAGGCAGCAUAAAUUUCAUUGGGGCCGAUCCCAUUUUGAUUAAAACUAGGGACAUAUCUGUGGUGGGUGGCAUCGGAGACUUUUUCAUGCACCGGGGAAUCGCAGCCAUCAACACCGAUGCAUAUGAAGGUGAAGAAUACUUCAUGCUCAAGGUGGAUAUCAAGUUUUAUGAGUGUUGGUAA